GGCGCGACUGCAGCCGCAGCACCUCCCCUCGCCAGGAGGGAGCCGGAGGGGCUCUGCCAGCCCGCCGCAGACCUGCCCGGCUGCGCUUCGCGCCCUGUGCGUCCCAGCAGCUGAGGGUGUCGCGCCGCCGAAGGAGACCCGGAGAUCCCGGGACGCACAGCUCCCCGUAAUCCCCAGCGCCCCACGUCCUGGCCCGCCGGCAUGGCUGUGCUCCUGGCAGCGGUGCUCGCGUCCUCGCUCUACCUGCAGGCGGCCGCCGACUUCGACGGGAGGUGGCCCAGGCAAAUAGUCUCUUCGAUUGGCCUGUGUCGUUAUGGCGGCAGGAUUGACUGCUGCUGGGGCUGGGCUCGCCAGUCCUGGGGACAGUGUCAACCUCUCUACGUCUUAAGGCAGAGACUAGCAAGGAUAAGGUGCCAGCUCAAAGCUGUGUGUCAGCCACAGUGCAAACAUGGAGAGUGCAUCGGGCCAAACAAGUGCAAAUGUCAUCCUGGAUUUGCUGGGAAAACCUGCAACCAAGAUGAGCCCUCCUACCCAACUCCUCUUGACCAAGGCAGUGAACAGCCUCUUUUCCAACCCCCGGAUCAUCAAGCCACAAGUGUACCUUCAAGGGAUUUAAACGAGUGCGGCCUGAAGCCGAGGCCCUGCAAGCACAGGUGCAUGAACACGUUCGGCAGCUACAAGUGCUAUUGUCUCAACGGAUACAUGCUUAUGCCAGAUGGGUCCUGCUCAAGUGCCCAUUCAUGUUCCAUGGCAAACUGUCAGUACGGCUGUGAUGUGGUCAAAGGACAAAUCCGGUGCCAGUGUCCUUCCCCUGGCCUGCAGCUAGCUCCCGAUGGGAGGACCUGUGUGGAUAUUGAUGAAUGCGCUACUGGAAGAGUCUCCUGCCCUCGAUUUAGGCAGUGCGCCAACACCUUUGGGAGUUACAUCUGCAAGUGUCACGCUGGUUUCGACCUCAUGUACAUUGGAGGCAAAUACCAGUGUCAUGACAUCGACGAGUGUGCCCUGGGGCAGCACCAGUGCAGCAGCUCUGCCCGAUGUUACAACGUCCACGGGUCCUACAAGUGUAAAUGCAAAGAUGGCUAUGAGGGCGACGGACGGCACUGUGUGUAUAUCCCCAAAGUCAUGAUUGAGCCUUCAGGUCCAGUUCACGGGCCAGAGAGAAACGGUACAAUCUCAAAGGGUGAUGGCGGACAUGCUAAUCGGAUUCCUGAUGCUGGGAGUACUAGGUGGCCCCUGAGGACACCAUAUAUUCCUCCUGUCAUCACCAGUUGGCCCACUCAUAAGCCAACAACAAGACCUACACCAAACCCAACACCACAGCCUACUCCACCACCCCCACCCCCGCUGCCAACAGAGCUCAGAACCACUCCGCCUCCACCACCAACCCCAGAAAGGCCACCCACCACACUGACGACUGUAGCUCCUGACACCAGGACAUCUCCUCAAGUGACUACGGCUGACAGUGGGGUACAGACAGACCCUCAGAAACCCAGGGGAGAUGUGUUCAUUCCACGGCAGCCUUCGAAUGACCUGUUUGAAAUAUUUGAAAUCGAAAGAGGAGUCAGCGCGGACGACGAGGCAAAGGACGACCCAGGUGUUCUCAUACACAGCUGUAACUUUGACCAUGGACUCUGUGGAUGGAUCAGAGAAAAAGACAGCGACUUGCACUGGGAGCCCAUCAGGGACCCAGCAGGUGGACAGUAUCUCACAGUGUCUGCAGCCAAAGCCCCAGGGGGAAAAGCUGCUCGCUUGGUGCUACCUCUCGGCCACCUCAUGCAUUCAGGGGACCUGUGCCUGUCCUUCAGGCACAAGGUGACUGGGCUGCACUCCGGCACACUGCAGGUGUUUGUGAGAAAACACGGUGCCCCUGGAGCAGCCCUGUGGGGAAGAAAUGGUGGCCAUGGCUGGAGGCAAACCCAGAUCACCUUACGAGGGGCUGACGUCAAGAGCGUCAUCUUCAAAGGUGAAAAAAGGCGUGGUCACACAGGGGAGAUUGGAUUGGAUGAUGUGAGCUUGAAAAAAGGUCGCUGCUAAGAAGAACAGUAGCAGCUCCAGAGCUAGUAGUGAACUGUGUCGUUCUUCCUCUUUCUCCAGUCCUUGCCUUCUCAUCUCCCCCUUAUCAGGCCUAGGGCAAGAGUGGGUCAGGAGGAAGGCUGGUUGGUGACUCAGGUCUUGGUGGCCUGCUUUUGUGCAAUCCCAGUGAACAGUGACCCCCUCCUUGAAGUACAGGAGCAUCUGCAGACACAUCCAGGCCCUUCUGGGGUGGCACCUUCUACCCUGUAUCUCCUUUAUGAAGGUCUUUGGCAUAUGUGACCCAUGCCAUCCUUCAUCCUGGUUACAGAGUGGGCCCGAGAGCCAAUUAUGGGAGGAGUUUCCAUUCUGUGCAAAAGGUAUUCUGUGAUCUGUCCAGUGUUGUGCCAUGAGUAGUGUUGACUUUGCUUACAGUAUGAUGUACAGUGUGCUUGUGAAGCUAGUUGAUUCUUUUCCCUUGUUCUGGCCUGACUUCACUCUGACUUUUACUGCCAUACCCUUAUAACAGAAGGGCGUAUAAUGUAUUAAGAUGCAUUUACUCUUGUAAACUGUGUUUUUCUUUUAAAAAGAGUUAUGUAGGGUGGGCAUGGAAUUCCUUGUUAGUUGUACUGUGUUUGUGUAAAUGUGCUAUUAAUAUAAGUAAACUACGUGUUCCGAAUAUUCACAGACUCUAGUUGCAAGGUCAAAGGCAGCUUAUGAUAGCUUGAGUUAAAAAAAAAUACACGGUGAAAUGUCAUCCAUGCCUUGACCUUAUCCUGGCAGCAAGACAGCUGGCAGAGGUGUCCUGCUGGGGUAGUGGAAUUAUUUUAUUUCAAUGUCUUCGAGUUUGGUCUUUACAGAAGAAAGUAAGCAAUUAAGGGAAGCAAGGACCUUCAGUUAAUAUAUAAACCCUUAGGUUUUGAGUUAUACCUUCAGCCAACAGCUUUCACCAUUGUAAUAUGGCUCCACCGAUGAGGAACUUGGUAAAGAUGUGUUGGGAGCCGGGGUGUAGGGUAGGCCCAUGGGACAGGCAUUCACGGUGAGCUUUAAGUUGACAGCAUGAGGUGCCCAUGAGUGUAGCUCAUGGCUUCCAUGUCUCCCAGGGCUGGGAUGGGAAGCAGGCGUGCACACUGAGGCGCUGCAAGCGGUGGAAUGAGACACACUCAAUACAGGAGCACGGGAUUGGAAUUCUCAUAUCCACGAAGCCCCAACCCUAGCGCCUCCCUAUCACCCCUUUGCUAAAUUAAAAACUCCUAACUUUAAAAAGUCAACUUUCUCCUUACCUCUCCAUCACUUCUGACUAAGUAAUCAAAAUAUUUUCUGCUGUUUUUGCCAGGAAACACAGAGAGGAUUAAAGGGUUGGAAAAAAAGAUCUAUGAUGAAAAAGUAAAGGCACUGGGAUUAUUCAGCCCGGAGAAGAGAAGACUGAGGGCCAAACCAUUGCUGGUUUUCCAGUAUGUGAAGGGUUGGCACCGAGAGCUUGGGGACCAGCUGUUCUCCAUGUGCACUGAGAAUAGAACAAGAGGAAACAGGCCGAGGCUAGAGUGGCUAGAGUGUGAGGGGACACUUCCUGGCAGGGACAGUUGCUAAGCCAAACCCUUUACAGAGAAAGAAGUGCGAAAAUCAUAACCUCUCUCCCUCUCCCUCCACCUCCCUCCCCCUUUCCUGUUCAGCUCCUCCCUUCCUCUCUAUCUCCUCUUUUGCUCCCCACCACUUAAAAAAACUGCAUUAAAUUUUUAUCUAUUUAAGGUACCCUUACUUCAAGGUGAAGUACCAGAUUAUGAACGCUAGAAGAUACCCUGAUCCCCAUACUAGUAUAUACCAAUGAGUCCAGAAAUAAGCGAUUUGGACUAAGCUCUGAGCCAGGCAGUCUUCUCUUGACCUGCUGGAAAGAGCACAGGAGGAGAUGUUGAACUCCCUAAACUGCCUCUCACUCAGCAGCCGUUAUAACAAACAAAUUUUUCUAUCUCUUAAUAAUGUCCUAAUGUGGUGGUGUUAAUGUUUUAUUCCUGGGCAAGAGUAUGACCCUGUUGGUUGUUCAGUAAUGGCUUGUUUAGACUUGUUUUUCAGAGAGACCCUAUCAAGAAACACAGGUCCAAGAGACUUUUGUCUGGUGCAUUGUCUCUGCAUGUGACAAGUUAACAAUGGCUACUGAACGUGUCAACCACGGCACUGUUAGCCCUUGCCCUCCAGACUCCUCCCAUGGUUCACACACUCGGUAGGAGCCUUCUAUCCCACAAGCUGGUAUUAUGGUUUUGAACAGGCCCAAGUGACUUUGUCAUUUAGCUGACAGAGACAGUGUUGGGACUUCUGACCUGAGUCCGUAAAGGCUGAUAAUAUGUUCUUAGUUCCAUUUUUCAUGAUUCAGUUCCUUUUUGGUCAUGUAACUACACAGCUGAAGGCGAAAGGGGAAAGGAGAAUUUCACUUUGAGGUGCCAAUAAGACAUUGCACUACACUGAAGAAGUUAUCCAAAGUACUGUAUAACAUCUUGUUUAUUAUUUAAUGUUUUCUAAAGUGAAAAAUGUUUGUGGUUUUUUGGCCAAAUAAAAGCAAUCUUUGUAAAUAAAAACACU